UGGCUUUACUGUCGGAUCUCGAAUGUGUUCGUUAUCUGUGUUCCGAAUUUGGUAAUAGAAUACUUUCGAAGGCAACAAGAGGACGAACCAACGUCCGUUUCUAAAGAUAGAGAUCAAAGAAGAGGUCUUUCUGGAAUCAUCUUUAAUGUUCUAGGACUUAUGGAACUCUCUAGACAUGCCCCCUUGUUUCCCUUCUUUUCUUCCUAAUCAUCACUUCCAUUAUAAAAUCUCGUUCACGCCAGCCUCCUUCGUUGUCUCUGCAUUUUCGACAUCUCACGAUCACAGUUGGUAAUUCAAUCUGCUGAGUUCGUUCCAAAAUCCACCAUGGAUGAGGACUUUGAGUUCCCUACUGCUGCUAACACGGGCAUCGAAGACGAAGAUAUGGGGAUUCCAGAGGAUGACCCUGUUACCCCAAUUCUCAAGGUCGGAGAGGAGAAGGAGAUAGGAAAGAAUGGCCUGAAGAAGAAGUUGGUUAAGGAGGGGGAAGGAUGGGAGACUCCAAACGCCGGAGACGAGGUGGAAGUUCACUACACCGGGACACUGUUGGACGGAACUCAGUUUGAUUCUAGCCGUGACAGGGGAACCCCAUUUAAGUUCAAACUUGGGCAAGGGCGCGUAAUAAAGGGAUGGGACGAAGGCAUCAAAACCAUGAAGAAAGGUGAAAAUGCCAUUUUUACAAUACCUCCAGAGUUGGCCUAUGGAGAGUCAGGAUCUCCCCCGACUAUUCCCCCCAAUGCAACCCUACAAUUUGAUGUGGAGUUGCUGUCUUGGAGCAGUGUGAAGGACAUAAGCAAGGAUGGGGGUAUCUUGAAAGAAAUUCUCUCCGAAGGAGAGAGUUGGGAAAAUCCCAAGGAUCUGGAUGAAGUAUUUGUUAAGUAUGAAGCCAGGCUCGACAAUGGGACCGUCAUUUCUAAAUCUGAUGGUGUGGAGUUUACCGUGGAAGUUGGCUAUUUUUGUCCUGCUCUGGCCAAGGCUGUGAAAACAAUGAAGAAAGGAGAGAAAGUCCUUUUGACUGUGAAGCCACAAUAUGCAUUUGGCGAGAACGGAAGGCCAGCAUCUGGUGACGAAGGCGCUGUACCUCCUAAUUCGUCAGUUCAAAUUAAUCUUGAAUUGCUAUCUUGGAAGACUGUAACUGACAUUACUAAGGACAAGAAAGUUCUCAAAAAGACUUUGAAGGAGGGGGAGAAAUAUGAGCGACCCAAUGAUGGAUCUGUUGUCCGAGUGCGGCUUAUUGGCAAGCUGCAAAAUGGGACCGUUUUCACCAAGAAGGGUUAUGAUGAGGAGCAACCCUUCGAGUUUAAAGUAGAUGAAGAGCAAGUGAUUGAGGGACUCGACCAAGCCGUGAAGAACAUGAAGAAAGGGGAAAUUGCAUGGGUGACCAUACAACCUGAAUACGCCUUUGGCGCCUCUGGCUCUCCCCAAGAACUUGCUGCUGUUCCUCCUAAUUCAACUGUAUACUAUGAAGUGGAGCUGAUUUCAUUUGAGAAGGAAAAGGAAUCGUGGGAGUUGAACACAACAGAGAAGAUUGAUGCAGCAGGAAGGAAAAAGGAAGAAGGGAACGUUUAUUUCAAGGCCGGUAAAUAUGAUAGAGCAUCGAAGAGAUAUAAGAAGGCCAUGAGGUAUAUUGAAUAUGACUCCAGUUUUAAUGAUGAGGAGAAGCGGCAGUCCAAAGUGCUGAAAAUCUCAAUUAACCUUAACAGUGCUGCCUGCAUGCUGAAGCUUAAAGACUACAAGGAAGCAGUGAAGUUGUGCACAAAGGUAUUGGAGCUUGAUAGUGGGAAUGUGAAAGCUUUGUACCGGAGGGCACAAGCAUAUAUACAACUUGUGGAUUUGGACCUUGCUGAAAUGGACAUUAAGAAGGCCCUUGAAAUUGAGCCAGACAAUAGGGACUUGAAAGUGGAGUACAAAAUUUUGAAGGAGAAAGUGAGAGAAUACAAUAAGAAGGAUGCGCAGUUCUAUGGAAGCAUGUUUGCGAAAAUGAACAAGCUUGAACAAACUAGAAAAGCAAAUACAGCAGCAGAACCUCAGCACAUGCCAAUAACUAUCGAUAGCAAAGCAUAAACGGAAAUCAAAAGCCAAGCAGAUAUUUGAGUGAGUGUCAUGUGGUGUCUAAAUGGCUAUUUUUCCUGUGUGGUCAUCAGUGGCUUUGUUCACGUCUUGAGUGGUUUGAGCUGAAGAAUGGUUUUAGAGCAUUAUGUAUGAGGUCUUUGUAAUGUUUGAAAGACUACUUCCCCAGUCGUGUGUACUCAAAGCUAACAAGAAACAGUUGCUGUUAUCUGUUUGGCAAUAUAAGGGUUUCCUUAUCCUCUGAAGUCUGAA